CUAUCAUUAUCUCGCUAUCAUUAUACCUUCAUUCACAGUUGGAAAGCCAUGGCAACAGCGACCUUGUUCCAAUACCAUCCUCUGGGACUGCCUAGCAGUGCGAAUCCUAAGUACCUCCAAAGUUUAGGUCGUCGAGUGGAAGGUGUCGAUUUCGAUCACCUGUCGCCACAGCAGACCGAAGAGAUUGUGAACCAGCUUUAUCGUCAUUCUAUCCUGCUGUUCAAGAACACCAAAAUCACUCCCAAGCAGCAAUUUGAGCUGACCAAUGCCUUUGAUCCCAAAGCUGGAGAUUACGGUCACAAGACGCGUACCUCUAAGAAAGAUCAGCAGUCCAUCCUGCAUCCUGACCUCAAAACCAUCCCGCACCAGCCACAGGUACAGCUGAUAGGAAACGGACCUGUACCAGGCAGAUACGAGGGUCUGGAAAGCCCGCAACUCAAACACCCCCAUCAUAAGACCUUUCAUAAGGAGCCAGUCUCGGACGCGGAUGAGGCGGCGGGCAUCACUAGAUUUUACCGCUGGCAUAUCGAUGCUGCACUGUACGAUUUGAGCCCUCCAAAGGCCACUACUUUGUAUGCUGUUCGCGUACCUCGAGGGGAGCCACAAACGCUACGAUACGACGACGGAACGGGAGACGAGCUCAAAGUACCUCUGGGAGGAACCUGCUUCGUCAGUGGAAGGACUAUGUUCGAUGUCCUAUCGCCCGAGCUCAAAUCCCUCGCGGUGAGAACAAGGGUCGAAUACGCGCCUCAUCCUUAUGUUUGGAUGUCGAAGGCGCAUGCACUGCCGACCGGUCUAGGAAUCGAGUCAGAGGGGCUCGAGUUGCCACUGGAGGAUCUGCCGGAUUGGGAAGAAGCAAAGAUCAAGAAGUUCCCCGUCUGCUGGAAGAAUCCCGUGACUGGCGAUCUCCACGUCCAAGUCCACCCAUGCGGUGCUCGCAAGCUCCAUAUUGAACGUUUGCCAAGCGGCGCCCAGAAAUCCGGCGCACUGUAUCCUGAGGGUGGAGUCGUGGAGGAUCUGAAGGAGGUCAGAGAUAUACUGUAUCGAAUCCAAAGGCCAGGCAUAGCCCCGGAACUGGUAUACCCUGUAGAUUGGGAGGAGGGAGAUCUGGUAGUGUUCCACAAUCGUGGCCUGCUGCAUUCUGUAGUGGGAGCCUUCAAGCCUGAUGAAUUGAGAAUGUUCCACCAGUGUAAUCUGGCAUCCACAGAUGAGCCAGAAGGACCCUCAGAAGCAGACAUCCAGACAUAUGCUUAGCGUGUCCCUCCCGUGCGAUGAGUAUGCAUAC